AAUCAUGACGAUUUUGAGUUCGUUCCUAAUAAUCGUCAUGAAAGGAUAUGGAGAACUAUAUCCAACCAAUUGUUUCUUAAUAGAGGACUCGCCGCUUCUCCUUCUCAAUGUCGUAGGAAAUGGUACUCAUUAAAAUAUGGGUACAAAAAUCUCAAGAAGUUGGAAGCUGGGAAGAAUCCCACGAUCAACCAAUAA